AUGCUAGCUUCCAGAACAGCCAUGAGAGCUUUUAAAAGGUUGAACUCAACACUGAAGACACCCACACCAAACCCUCUAUCAUUUUCGGUAGCUGACGGUGAAUCUGGUUCAAAAAAUAUAUCAAUGCUUGAUUCAAAAGAUGUUCCUUUACCUAAAUCUGUGCAAGCUGUUUAUUUCCAGCCAUUAAAACUACCUAUUCAGCAUGGCGACUUAGUUGCAGACCUACAGUUGAGGUCUUAUGGGAAAGAUAACCUGGAUUUCUUCGCGAAUUUUAUUCUCAGGGUCGGAUAUUACCUGGGGAUGCCAAUGACAGGUCCUAAACCAUUACCCACUAGAAGAGAACGUUGGACGGUGAUAAGAUCGCCUUUUGCACAAGCUAAAUCAAAGGAGAAUUUUGAACGGCAUACUCAUAAGAGACUAAUCCGUGUUUGGGAUACAAAUCCAGAGAUUGUAGAAUUGUGGUUGAGUUAUAUUACGAAACAUAGCAUUGCUGGUGUUGGUAUGAAAUGCAAUGUAUUUCAAAGAUCGACUAUCGAGGCGGACCAUUCUAUAGAGGAUAUCGAUCUACCUGUACUGGAUGAGAUAAAAUCCAUGGAUGAAAUGGUGGGCGCCAAAAUCGUCGACUUGUUGAAUAAUCCAGAAUUCAAGAAGCACUUGUAA